AUGCUACUGAGCAAUGCGCUCACUCCACAGCUGGAGCAGCUGUGGAAGGAGGGCAGUUCACAGCAGAAGCUCAUCAUCAAGCUGUGCGAAGCAAUUGUGGAGGGCGAUGCUGCAGCCAUGAAGGAAUUGCUUGCAUCGGAUGAAGUUCUGGCGACUGUGCGGUCUAGCAAUUUUGACCUGCUGUCGGGCAAGGGCAUACUGCACUGCGCAGCAAGGGAGGGGCACUUGAACAUCAUAGAGAUGCUGCUCGAGGCUGGAGCCCCAAUCAAUGCCCAGGACGGCCAUGGCUUGACUACUCUGCAGAUGUGGUUGUUCUACGCUGUAAGUCUGCCGCUGACGGUGGUGGGAGUGGUGUACACUCUUCGCUAUGUGCCUUCAAGGGGCACCAGUUGGCUUGUUAAGGGUCAACAUCUGGAUCUACUGAGGCAAUGGUGGCGGAUAUCGUACUGGUAUGGGUUCAUCGCCCAGUUCACAUUUUUGCCCUUCCACCAGGAGUAUGUGGACUCAGGAGCUUUCACCGUGUGCGGGCGACUAGGAACUGCAUUGAAGAACAACUUGAUAUUCUAUGCAGUCCUGAUGGCCGUUGGGGCUUUUGGGCUCGUGCUGCUCCUUAUCACCGGCGAACUGGCGCCUGCAAAUGUCCUUGGCUUCUGCAUCGCAGCUUCAAAUGCGUUCGGUCUCAUAGCAGGCAUUUUCUUGAUGGGCUAUGGCUUGGUGGCUGUACCAAGGGAUCUGGAGAAGACUGCAGCGCUGGUGCAAAAGGUGUCUGCCACUUUUGGUCGGCGGGAUUCUCUUCGGCAAUAUAUGGACCGCAUCGAAGCCAUGAUCUCAAAGUCUGGCGAGGCGUCAGCUCUGGGUGCUGGUGAUGUGGAGGAUGGUGCUGACCUGGACUACUUUGACUUGGAGGACCUGGCGAAGCUGCGCAGGCAUGUGCGCAGGGCCAUCGAGGACACGCAGCGUGAGCGCGAAAUUUACCAUGACAUCGUGCUGCAGUACUUUGAGGUGUCUGAUGUGCUGAGCAACAGGCUGAAGAGAGGACAACCGUUUGUGUCCACCACACGGCAGCAUCAAUUACCCAAGGUGCUCGGGCACAUAGAGUGGUGGUGGCGUUGUGUGCUGCGUGGCUGGUUGUACAGGUUGCUGGCGCUUGUAUUUGCUGCCCUGUCGGUUGCCAUUGUGAUCGCGGAGGCGACCAUAUCUCCAUAUGUGCCGAACCUAUCAGUGUUCUCGCGUGCCCUGCACGCAACUUCUGGGAAUGAGCUUGCAACGGAGCUGCUGACUUUCGUGUCCCUGGCAUACCCCUGCUUGUGCGCAUACUAUGCCAUCUUUAAGCUCGGACGCUUCUCCUUUUAUCUGCUGGUGCCUGGCCAUACGUCCGCAUAUUCCCUGCUGGCCAAUGCCAUGCUGAUGUCCCGGUUUGCUCCUCCGUUGGCGUUCAACUUCAUGGCGGGCAUAGCCCUGCCACCCUCCAAGAGCUCCGGGAGAGAUGUGACAGAGACGGUGUUCUAUGAGGAGUUUGGGGUUCUGAUGAUGCGUCAACCACUCAUCGGUUGGGACUUUACCACGUACUUGCCGGCGGCCCUUGUGCCGUACAUGCUCAUGCUUGUCUUUAAUGUGUUCAACCGCGUGGCGUCCAUGUUCACUCGCUCGGACAGCAUUGAGUUUGACGAUGACUUUGAGACAAAGAGCGGAGCUGCUGCAAAAGGGCUGAGGCUUUUGCAAAUGGAAUUAGACAAUCACAAUGCUGGACGUCCGCUGGGCUUGACGAUCACCGUCUCAGGUCAGUGUCCAUUUACUUGA